AUGUGUGACCCCGAUGGUGACCCACGUUGUCCCUUGCGAAUUUGUUGGGGUGGAACAGUCCCCGAGUCCUAUUACCAAAUUCAACAGAUUUCCUCUGAAGAGGAGAAUGAAAACUAUCAAGUUGUGCCUGUGGGUCGUGGUAGUAAGGAGUACUGUUAUCUAGGUGAAGCUAAACCUGGUGAUACUGUCUCUUGGGAAUUCUACUCUGAAUCAAACGACAUCGCCUUUUCUUUGUGGGUUGAACCGCCGAAUGAGUCUUGCUCACAACUUGAGAGUUCAAGGAGAAGAUCGACUAGGUCGAGAAAUCAAAACGGAGGAGGAAAGAGCGAAAAGAGUGGAAUGACCACCUCCUUUUCCUUCAAUAAUCUUAUCAACGGAGCCAGUUCAAAUGGUAGUGGAAAAGUUGAACUGAAACAGAUCACUCAACCUGUGCGUGUAGACUGCGAUCUAGUGCCCGAACUCGGUGAAUGCAAAGUUGAAGUUGAAGGCAAUUACUUCCUACUCUUUGACAAUUCCUACUCGUGGACUCGUGCCAAGCGUAUAUUCUGUAAGGGCGAUGUGAUUCAAUCUGCAAACGCAAGCUCUAGACAAACGUCCUCCUCUGUCUCAACUGCUAUUAUGCCUGCAUCUAUACCGGUUGUUAAUGGAAACUCAAAUAAUAAUCAUAGUUUUGAUGAUAUCCAUGAGGCAACAGAAUGCAGUGUUGUGGAGGAGGUUCAAAAUGCGGUGGAUAUUGAAAUAGCUGAAGUGAUGAAAACUGUGUGUGAUCCAGACUAUUCCAGCCUUUCCACCCUCGAUGUAGACAUUACUGCCUUGGUAAUGAUACUUCUACGAACAGUCCCUAUCAUUCGGAGACGAUUUCGGACAUCUAAACAAUCUUCCCCUACCCAUUCUUCAUCGCCUUCUUUCCUUAGGCUAAAGUUUAAGCGACCACUCAAAACGCCAGUUUAG